AUGCAGAGCAGAGCCAAUCGUAGCGACACUCAAGCGAGGCGCAACCUGGAUGUGAGGCCAUUCAAUGAGAAUCGUCGACGAUUAAUUUUGCGCAACCGAGGUGACAGAGAGACUAGAUCAAUUAUCAAUUCAGUUAUUAGAGAUAGAGCCGAUGAGCCGAAAAUACCAUCUGCGCGAAGGCAUAUUGACAGGGCGAUACAAUGUAAUUGCCAGGAAGAUUUGUGGGCCCCAGAGGCAGGGGUGUUAGACCAAAAUAACACGCAGUGCUUGCUUCAAGGUAGUAUGGCCGCAUGUGACGGAGCUGAUGAAUUUUACUGCAUGGCGCUUGAUGUGAAACAGGCGACUCAGUUUCAGAUUUCCUAA